UGCCUUACUCCUCCCCUUGAACACGGGUGCCUUCUACAGCAUGGCUGAUUCCACCGCUUCCGCUGCCGAUCACGCAACUGUACCACCAGCGGCCACAACGGAGCCCAGCUCAAAAACGCCGACCUUUGUUGAGUCGGGCGAGCGAACGGAAAGUCAAGAUGUCGUAUCCCAAUUUCAACAUGAAGCAUACGGCCCUGGCCCAGGAGAGAAGCCAGAAGACACUUUCGAGAUGACGAUGGCCCCUGACGACCCUGACAACCCGAAGACAUGGUCGAGGCCAUACAGGUGGUUCAUCACGAUGUUGUCCGCGGUAUUGGUUCUGAACGCGACCUUCGCGUCGUCUGCGCCGUCAGGGAUCGCGGGCCAGCUCAUAGAACACUUUCACAUCAGUAGAGAGGUCGCGACGCUCACCAUCGCACUCUUUGUUGCCGGAUAUUGCGUCGGGCCACUUGCUUGGGGACCCCUGUCAGAACAGGUCGGGCGGAAGCCCGUCUUCGUUGUCUGCUUCUUCGUCUAUGCGGUAUUCCAGGUUGGAAAUGCCCUGGCGCCCAAUACCGGUUCUCUGCUCGUUUUCCGUUUCCUCGGAGGCAUGUUUGCGGCAUCGCCGUUGGCGAACAGUGGAGCUGUCAUCUCCGAUAUCUGGGACGCGGAUACGCGAGGCAAGGCUUUAGCUCUUUUCACGCUCGCUCCUUUCGCUGGUCCAUCUCUGGGUCCUACUGUGUCUGGGUUCAUGAACGUCGCAGGCGUAUCUUGGCGUUGGGUGUUUUAUCUGCAGGCAAUCUUCGCCGGCACUUGCCUGGCCGCAGUCGUCUUGUUCCUCCCCGAGACAUAUGUACCUAUACUGCUCGUGAGGCGUGCCCGCCAGAAGCGCAAGGAAACGGGCGACGAUCGGUACUGGGCGCCCCUUGAGAGAAACAAGCUGCCGCUCUCGCAACGCUUGAAGCAUAUCCUGGGCCGUCCCUUCGUUGUGCUCUUCUCGGAGCCCAUGUUGCUCGCUAUCACGGCGUACAUGAGCUUCGUGUACGGCGUCGUGUACCUCCUGUUCGAGGCGUACCCGAUCGUCUUCACCGAAGGCCACCACUUCAACACAGGCAUCUCCGGGCUCAUGUUCCUCCCCAUCUUCGUGGGAGGCGUGGCGGGCGUCGCGAUCUACCUCGGCUACUUCAACCCGCGCUACGCCGCCGCCAUCAAGCAGUACGCGCCGCACCCCGUGCCGCCCGAGGUGCGCAUGGAGGUCUGCACGUACGCCGCGCCGAUCUUCGCGCUCGCGUUCUUCUGGUUCGGCUGGACGUCGUACCCGUCCGUGUCGUACUGGGCGCCGCUCAUGGCGGGCUUCCCGAUGGGCGUGUCCGUCGUGUUCAUCUUCCUCGGGCUGUUCAACUACACGAUCGACGCGUACCUCGCCGUCGCGGCGAGCGCGCUGUCCGCGAUGACCGUCGUGCGCUCGCUGUUCGGCGCCGCGUUCCCGCUGUUCGCGACGCAGAUGUACGACACGCUGAACCCACGCUGGGCGUCGACGCUCCUCGGGUGCAUCGCGCUGCUCAUGGUCCCCAUCCCGGUCGUGCUCGAGCGGUACGGGCACCGGCUGAGGGAGCGCAGCAAGUACGCGCCGUCGCGCGCGCUGCCGCCGAAGGCGCAGGCGGAGAAGGGCCCGGGGGGUGAGAAGGCCGUUUGAAUGAAAGUGUUCGCGCCGUUUUCUGGUCGCUGUGGACUGCGUUAUAGACGUUCCUUGGUUAGACAUACAUUCGUAUAAUUAUAAUGAGCUCGCGAUGACGAUAUCAAUACCAAUAACCUCGUACAUGUGUACUAUAUCCAAUCAAUACUCAGUCAUAUCCGGCAUUGGCUACCGCUUUGGCUCGCAUCCGCUAUUGCUUUCAGCAUCGGGUCCGGCACCGCGGGUGACCGGCCACAAUUCGUAUAGCGCCCAUUUGACCUCGCGAGAGCUGUUGCAGCUGGACGAACUUGUGGUGGGUGACGCACGCCAGAGUGGACUGGGCCCAAGAAUGAGAGAGUAGGGAUACUGUUACGGAUGAUACAACUUCGCGUUCACGCCUCGGCCUGCGCCUGCUGCUGCUUCGCCUGCAGCUGCUCCCUCCACCGCACGAGCAUCUCCACGCUGAUCAUCUUCAAGCCCCAGCGGUCCGCGAACCGCCUGCACCCGUCGCGCCGCAUCAUGCUCCCCUGCUCGUCGUCCUCGACGAGCUCGCAGAGGACGCCGGCGCGGGGGAGCCCGGCGAGCGCACAGAGGUCGAGCGCGCUCUCGGUGUGGCCGCGGCGCGCGAGGACGCCGCCGUCGCGCGCGCGGAGGGGCACCAUGUGGCCGGGGCGGGUGAAGGAGGCGGCGGAGACGGCGGGGGCGGGGGACGCGAGCGCGCGGACGGUGAGCGCGCGGUCGUGUGCGGAGAUGCCGGUGGUGGUGCCGUGGGCGUAGUCGACGGUGACGGCGUAGGCGGUGCGGUGGGGGUCUUGGUUCUGGGGGACCAUGGGGGGGAUCUGGAGCUCGUCGAGGCGGGGGCCGGGGAGGGAGACGCAGAUGUAGCCGCUGGAGUGCUUGAUGAGCCAGGCCAUCUUCUGGGUAGAGACCGCACUGGCGGCGAUGAUGAGGUCGCCCUCGUUCUCCCUGCUCUCGUCGUCCAUCACGACCAGGAACUCGCCCCGCGCGAAGGCCUGGAUCGCAUCUUCGAUGGGGUCGAAGGCGAAGCUUUCGCGGAUAGGGGCAUCAAGCACUUCCUGGGGACGGGAAGACGAGGCGGUGGCGGGUAUGAGCGGGAAGUCAGUUGCAGCCAUGCCGUUCAUGUGCAGGAUAGGCUUGGAGGCAGAGAUAGAUGACUCGGGCUGGGACGCAAGAGCUACGGGCGCCAUGGCUGUGAACGCCGCAAGACGAUGGUCAGGAAAGGACUUGGUGGAAGGGGGAUUGAGCGGGGUGCAAGGUCGGAGCGGACGUCGACCAUGGCUUCAUGGAGAUGCGCGCCCGGGGGCGUUGAGUAAGGAGGCGCGUGAUUAC